AUGGACAAUUCAAAAAGAAAUGAUGAUGUAAAGAUGGAAGAGAACUUUCUGUCUUAGUAAAGCAACUUUAAUAAGAACUGUAAUGGACCAACACUAUCUUCACAAACAAACAAAUUGCUGAACAAGUUUGCCUUUGGAGCAAUAAAUAGUCAGCAGCAAAUCAAGCCAUCUACAUCAUUAAAGUAGAAUUAAGGCAAUAAUAACCUUUUGAAUGACUCUGAAGAAAUAAACAUCAGGCUGGAUGAGGAUCUAGAUCCCCUUGAAGACUAUACCAAUCCAAACGGACUCAGAAACUCUCAAAUUCCCUAGAUCAAAGAGACCAUGCCGCUCGGUGGUCAUAAACCUUUAACUGUAUCUGAUAUGGUGGCUCAAAAUAGACUCUGCAGCACUCCUUCAUAGACCAAGAGGAUAAUUCCUGGAACACCAAUGGCUCCUUCUAAAAAUACCAUAGACUCGCCUAAUAAAAGUGAACUCUCAUGCUUCAUUAAUAGUAAUAAGCCUUCCCCUUUUAAGAGUGUGCCUGGGACAGUCACAAAGGAAAGCUAAAUAGGUGCAAGUGCUUAGAAUAAAGAUGGGUAGUCUUAAAAUGAAAACAUUUCCAACAUAAACAAGAUGCUCAGAAACUAUGAGAGAUAGCUGAAUGAGAAGUGGAAGAAAGCUUUAAAGUAUUUGAAUAUCAAUGAAAACUUGUACCCAAACAAGAAGGAUGAGAUUGAAACAUACUACCCAUUUAAUACUUACACUAUAGCUAAGGUCAAUUAAGGCUUGUUUGCUUCUUCAAGGAUUGAGAGAAUUGUGCUGGAGAUUGCCAAUAUUGAGAUCAUUCAAUCAGCCUACCAUACUAAAUUCAAGGACUUGAAAGGCGAUGAAAUUUAUGGUACUUUUCAUUCAGAUUGCAAAGAUACGAUUAAAGUUGAGAAGAUGAGAAAAGGCUCCAUAAUCGUUCUUAAAGAUGUUGCUUCAUUUAGCAUUGUCCAAGGCAGAUACUAUUUCAUAAUGAUAAGCUCUUGCAUGGAAAAGAUAUUCUGA